UGCAGUACUGUCAGUACUCGUGGAAGGUCUGGCUGUCAAAACAAAGUUUUGUCGUUGCCUCGUUGGGCAUUCAAAUAAUAUUGGAAUGUAUCAUCUUUUAUCAGGGUUUUAUAAAUAUUUAUUUCAGUUAGACGAAUAUUAUGUACUUAUUUUGGGUCUCGAUAACGCAGGGAAAUCGACGUAUCUAGAAGCAGCAAAGACUCACUUCACGAAGAACUACAAGGCUCUUAAUCCCAACAAAAUUACCUCAACAGUGGGACUAAAUAUUGGAGUCAUCGACACAGACGGCUGUAGUUUAAAUUUCUGGGAUUUAGGUGGCCAAGAAGAAUUACAAUCACUCUGGGACAAGUACUAUGCCGAAUCACAUGCAGUAAUCUAUGUGGUUGAUGCUUUUGAUCGUGACAGAAUUGAAGAAUCCAAAGCUGUGUUUGAUAAAAUGAUUGCCAGUGAACUGCUUAAGGGUAUUCCCUUGCUUGUUCUUGCAAACAAACAAGAUCUUCAAGACAGUAUGGGUGUACGUGAAGUGAAGCCCAUAUUUAAUCAAAAUGCCCACUUAAUUGGCCAAAGAGACUGCAUGGUGAUGCCUGUUUCUGCUCUGAAUGGGGAUGGAGUGGAUGAAGGAAUCAAAUGGCUUGUUCAGUGUGUUAAACGUAAUAAUGUAGUCCGACCGCCUAGGAACCAGAGUGAUAACUGAUAAUUUGACAUGCAAGAAAUACUGAUUACAUUUAUUUUUAUUUA